AUGUUAUGUUAUGGCAAGGAACAAUGUUGUCAAAUCUCACUUAAUGAUAAUUAUUAUUAUUAUAACAAUCUUGAACUAUCACGAUUAAAUUUAUCCAAUGAUCAAUAUCGAUUUUGUACGCAAUGUUUUAAUGCAAUAAAAAGUGAUUCGAUAUUUAUCGGUGAUAAUCUAACUCAAACAUUAGUUGAAAUACCAAAAUCAUUAUUUUUAUUGUCUAAAAAGGAUUUAAAAGAACCUGAAAAAAUGAUCGAUUGUAUUGUCUGUACACGUCGUUGGCAUCAAGUAUGUGCAUUACAUUUAGAUCAAAUAGGAUCUGAAGGUUUUAUAUGUAAUACAUGUAUACGUGAAUAUAAUAUAAAGCGUAAAGAAAGUCCUUAUACAUCAUCAAAAUUACCAAUAAAUGAUUUAUCAUCACAAUUAGAAAAACGUGUUAAUAAAUUUUUAAUGAAUGAAGGUUGUCAAACAGGUCAUGUUACGAUUCAUCUAUUAGUUGCAAGUGAUAAAAUAUGUAAUGUAAAACCACAAUUAAAACAAUACUGUCCAAAUCAAGCAACAGAUGGCUAUCCCUAUUGA